AUGGCUAAGAUUGACUUGCUGGUAGCGUGGCCCCUCUUGGUGACAACGGAGCACUCGAAACACAAAUCAGAAGACGAUUGGAGAUUUCUUUCCUACAAAAAAGAAUCGCUCGAGAGCUCCCGUGAAGUCCGUGAAAGAGCAUCAAAAUGAUAGCAGACAGCGAAGCUCUGAAGAUCUUGAAUCCGGAGAUGAACCUAAGAUUGAUUUCGCACAACCUCCAGAGAAACUUCCAUCAGGUCCAAGGGUCAAAGAAAUCCGUGGCACGACUCAAACUCAGGAGGAGCCUGAUGACAUGAACCAAGCGGCAGCUUUGCUGCAGUCGCUGUCGUCAACCAUGAAAAUGGAAGUGAAUAUGGAUGAUUCAACCAACGCAGAAAUAGGAAACGACGUCACUGGCAGCGCUGAGAAAAGAUCUACCUCCAACAAGGAGAUGACUUGUCCCCCAAUCAGCGACACCUGGGCCUGGAAACCUUCCUGUCAUGCAGGCCUUCUCACAUAUCAUGACGGAAGAAAGCGCUGGUAUCAUUGCACCAGAUGUGUGUAUUUCAACGAUCGGUUGUAUCAUAGCAAAAUGCAUUUUCAAAGGAUUCAUGUCAAACAG